AGAUGAGAGAGAUUUGUUCUUUGAUUCGUGAAAGUGAACCUGAGGUGCGGUGAACCAUAUACGAGAAUCCAUUACGAGGAUGGCACCUCGUCGUCCGCGGUCUUCUGGCUCAGUGCUGCUCUACUGCGGAGGACCCACGAGCGAUGCUGGGCCAUCAUCUUCAGUUCUUCUUGGUAGUAUCUCGAGGCAGGGACGAGGCGCCAAAAGCUGUGCACCGGCGCUUGGAAAAUCGACAUCUCGGUCUUCCGUGGUACCUUACAACAAUGUGCAGCAGCGACGGCAUUACCAGCCGCAGGGCCGCAACAGCUGGGCCUUGCAGAAUCACCGGAUUCGACAGCCGCGACCCCUAGUGGACCGGUUCGCGAUGAAGAGGGAGCAUCGAGAGAAAGAGUGGUGGCGAGAGAGGAGAAUCGCGCCAGCCACCUUCAUGGGCUUUCCGGAUAUGAGCAAGCACGCACUGAGGGGCGGGAGUCUCUACACAGAGCAAAUGGAUGCGCCAACGCUAGCUGUGAUUUGCGACAGGCUGGCAUGCGAUUUGCAACGAGCAAGGGAACUAAGGCCUGGACCUGCGAUUCACAAUGGACAAGUACAACCGUCAUCUCCUAGUUCCGCGUCGUUUUUGGCAACCAAAGCUGGCGAUAUUUUGAGUUCAGCUCCUUCACAAUCUUCUUCUUCCUCUAGUAAGUUUCCCGCAGACUUGAGACCGACGACCUGGACCGACUACGACGUUCGGGUCAAUGGCGCGGCGAAAACGACUGUUGGUGUUUCCUCCGGAGGUGUCAGUACGCUGCAAGUGACUCCAACUUCGCUGACCGCGGUCGAUUUGGAGAUGUGGUCGCAGCUCUCGUGGCGUGCUCAGCAACUGGCUACGCGCAUGCAUGAGCCGGAUCUUUGCUAUGUGUUUCGUGCCUUUGCCCGUGCAGACUUCUUCGAUUCGCAGUUUUUUUGUACCUAUGUUGGCCGAAUCCAGCGUCGCAUAGGGUAUUUCAGUAUCAAGCACGCCUGUCUAGUGCUGGAGGCGAUUUUAGCGAGUGCGCGGUUUCGACACAAGCCAUUGGAGCAGACCGUUUUGCGUCACAUCGGCGAGCUGCUCCACGGUCGUGAUGAUACAACGGUGGAGGAGCUCACUGAAUGUUGUUUGCUGUUUUACCAGUUGAGCGAAACCGCGAGAGAAGAAAAACUUCAAAGGAUUGAGGAGGCCGAUUCUUUGGUGGACUUGGAGCAUCCGUCGUCUUCAUCAAAAAUGCAGCAAUUAGAAGGUGAGGAGACUUCCACUUCAGCAGGAGAAGGCGCAAGGAAGAGCGUCUCGUCUCACUCAAGGGACCAUGCUUUCGAUCCGGUUCGUAUUGAUCGCCAGAAACUGUGUGAAAUUUGCUGCGAACAACUGGCAAGCCGAGAUGUAUCGACUCUUCCACUCACCGAGCAAGCGCUGUUACUCGAAGUGGUUGUGGCUCUGGACGCGGACACGGCCCAUAGAGGUGGUGGAAGCGCGCAUGUGGAUGGUACUCCAUAUUGAGACAUUUGUGAUUAAGUGCGCAUGUGGAUGGUACUCCAUAUUGUGACAUUGUCCGCUGCAAACAUUUGUCAAUUUUUUUUGCGUUGUCAGGCUCAGCUGCAAGGUACAACUGUGUGCAAAAGCCAUGGUAUAGGAGAUUCGUUCAUAGAAAUUACCACAUGCUCAACAGAGUCUGCAUUCACGGAGUUGAAGUUGUCGUUGUUGCAGAGCUUCACCAAAAAAUUGGAGUCUAUGCCCCCCAACGGAGGGGACGGAGCAGCAACAUCCAGUGCACACCUCAAACCUGAAGAUUUUCGCCCCUUGUUUCGUGGUUUGACUCCGCUCUUCUCACAGUGCAACGCCGGUUCCCGCUGGGACGCGUUGAUCAGCAAUACGGUGACGAGUCUCCUGCAACGCGUGACAGAGGCGGCGGUUCAGCAGUGGUCCAAACUCAAGGUUGCAGCGGCUACGGAGUGCGCCUUUUUACUACAUGACUGUCUGGUGUGCGCAAGUGGGGCAAAAGCUCCGGGAAGAGGACAAUUAUCAUCGACCCUGGAUAAUGCUGCGGAACCUAAUGGGGAUAGUAGACUGCAGAAAGUAGAGCAACACCUGAAAGGACAUCCAGCGACAGCUGGCAGUAGGGAACUAGCGAAAACUCUGGAGCACAUCAGCCGCUUAUUGCUACCCCGAGUAAGACAAAUGAAAAAUUUAGAUUUAGCGAGGUUUGCGCAUGUCCUGUCCUUUGCGCAGCAGCAGCAGGGAAGAAAUACUGGGUACACUCCUGGGCUGUCAUCCAUAGAAAACUACGACUCUUCAGACAUUCAGAAAUAUCAUGCCGUUUUGCGGGAAAGAUUGCCUCAACUUAGCGGUCCCGAGCUUGCACUCCUGUAUUCGUCGGAUGCUUCUUUUGGGUCUAGUUCUAGUGCAGCGAUAGGUAGCUGCCCAACCAAAACUCCUAUCCCCACUUUGGUCGCCAAAUCACUGCUAAGUCGAUGGAGUGACCUGGCAAUUGACGACGUUGCUGCAAUCUGUUCUACUACUGCAAAUAUGGCGAAUGAUUUAUGGUCUCGAAAAGCGGAUAAUUUGAGGACCCCUCUGCCAACAACAGUUCCACCUACUUCUGGCCAUCACGACCUUCAAGGUGAAUUAACCGAGCGAGCAUUUGUUGUAGGUCUGCGCUGGCUCAAAAGGCGGAUGCUGAGUUUACGGAGUACUCGCGAUCACAGGGAUAAUGAGAAAAAGAGGAGGAUGCAGAGACGGAGGCAGAGGAGUCGGUUAGAAAAAAAUUUGGAUUCGGCAGCUUCAAAAAUAGGAGAGCUUCAACUUCUUUCCGGAAACGACGAGAGCACUGUCCUCUGCGAUGAUAGCCGCAUUGCCGGUCUUACCGUGCAGAUCCUCUCCGCCGCCGGAAGAAGAAAUCUAAAGACAAAUCUGUCCUCCGAUGAGACCAGUCCUGCGGUUCUAAAUUCUGGCUCAACAGAGGCAGCAGUAGCAGAGCCUCUGCUGCGGGAUGUGAUCCUUCUGCUGGGUGAAAACGUGCAUAACUUUUCGUCGUCUGAGACAUUGGACCUGAUAUCAACGUUGGGGAGCAUAACGUCUGGGGCCCACGACUCCAGCAAGCACGAAGGUGUUGAGUCUGUAUCUGUGGCCAUUCGCAACCUGGUUGCACACGCAACUUCGUUCAAUGUAGACGGAACGUCAUUACGCAACGAACCCGUGUGGCGUCUGACGGAUUUUGCACGUGCUGUUACAGAGUUCGAAAUAGUGGCAGCACCACUGGAAGAAGGGACAGGGACGGAGAGGACUACAGGAAUACAAACACCGGGAGGAGAGCGACUCGAAAAUCUCCAGAAGCGUGAUGAUCUGGGCAAGCAAGACGGAGAAAUACAAUCAAUCCAAAUCGUGCUCAGGGAGCUGUUCAGAGUGUUGGACUGCAAGCGGUUCGAUGCAGGUCCGGCGUUUGAGGAAGGCGUUGUUGUGCCUCUACUAGGCAGGCUAGAAAAUUUUCUUUAG